AUGCCGUAUUUGCCAAUAGGCACAGGAGUCAUGACCCAAGAAAAUGUUACCGUCCAGAAGGAUAUAGCAUCCGGAUCGAGGCCCCAUGAGCCUUCGCUUGAGACCCGGGUUAGGAACCGUCGAAAGUGCUACUUGGAUAUGCACCCGGAGUAUUUCUCUGCUGAUCUUGAGCUCGCCGACCCCCUACUAUACGAUCGCCUGAUCCGUCGAUUCCAGACGCCAGCGGAAAGGGAGGCCGAAGGCCGAGCGAAAGGAUUCUCUGGUGUCCUUGAGUCAGAUCUGCUACGGUCGGAAGCCAAGUUUGAUGCACUUGCGCAUCCUGACCCCCAUGCGAUGUUCAACUACACCCGCGGCCCCAGUGGCGAGAUUCUUGCCGAAGACAGGGAUGAAAUCCCGCCGAGUAAAGAGGAGGGAGAAAAGCUUUGGCGAUGGGAGAUGACAUUGCGGUUCUUGAGAGGCGAAGAUCGCGACUUUGACUACGCCAAGGUCGAUGAAAAUGACGAAUACGAUGAUUUGACCGAAGAGCAAGAUCAAUAUUUUGACGACGAAGAACCAGAAUGGGUUGUUGAUGGAGACAACGAAGAUGUCCAAUCACAUUUGCAAGGAGAGACGGGAAUACAAGACUUUUGA